AUGAGUUCGUUUGGGACCUCUUCUCCAUCUGAAGCGAGUAAAGUUUCUAGCAGAGAAGUAGAUGACUCGAGAAAAAAAUUUUCUCUUUCAGAAGCUUAUGGUAAUACUUUCAAUAGUAGCGUGAGUCCAAGCUUUGACUUCGGAGGUAGAAGCUAUGUUAGCAUGGGCCAGAGGUUGGCACAGUAUCAUUCUCCCACGGUGUAUUCUGGAUACGAUGUUCACGAACAAACGGCAACUCUAGCUGGCAUUGGUGUCACAGAUGAUACACAGGGCCAAUCCAAUGAUUACCUGCAACCUGAGAGCACGGAUAUCAGUUCCUCUCCUCCUAUUCCUAUUACGAGUGAUGACUUUUACGUUGGGAAGACAUAUGAAGUACCUUUUCAUGAUCAUCUGGUUGAGACAAGUGAGGAUACGCCACUAAUAAAAGAUUUAACUAAGGGAUAUAGUGGUUACGGAGAAUCAUCAAUCCCAAUUAUGUUUGACAAUGAUUUAGAGGUAGGUGAAAUUGCGUUUCAUCACUCCAAAGAUUCUCCAGAUGAUAACUCAGGCCUUGUUCAUAAAUUUAUUGUUAAGCCCCUAAAAUAUAUUCCUGCGGUGUUCUUAGGGACUUUGUUGAACAUUUUGGAUGGCUUGUCUUAUGGUAUGAUUAUGUUUCCAACUAGUGAAGCAAUCUUUUCCUCCUUAGGUCCUGCUGGCUUGUCAAUGUUCUAUAUGUCUACAAUCGUUUCACAGCUUGUUUAUUCAAUGGGUGGAUCAGCGCUCAAAUCUGGAAUUGGCUCAGAAAUGAUUGAAGUGACACCAUUUUUCCAUACGAUGGCAAUAUCAAUAGCCAGUGAGAUGAAACAAUCUGGCUCUGAUGCUAUCAUUGCUACAACGAUCCUUACAUAUUCUAUAUCUGCUGUUGUAACAGGUUUGGUCUUCUUCUUGCUCGGAAAAAUGAAGUUAGGCAUAUUAGUUGGGUUUUUUCCAAGACAUAUUUUGGUAGGAUGCAUCGGAGGGGUUGGUUAUUUUUUGAUUGCAACAGGUAUUGAGGUGUCGUCAAGACUAGAGGGUGGACUCACUUACAGCUUACCAGUCCUCGAAUUCCUUUUUCUGAGCACAACCACUUUGUUGGAAUGGAACAUCCCGCUCCUCUUGGCAAUAAUAUUAGUUGUUUUACAACACAAGUUUCACAACUCUCUUUUGGUACCAUUAUAUUUUGUUGGCGUGUUCUUACUAUUUCAUUUGAUUGUUUACCUCGUUCCUUCAUGGGAUUUGAAUAUUGCGAGAGAUAACGGAUGGGUUUUUCCUACGGUAGAAGACGAUCAGCCAUGGUAUGGAUUUUACGAUUUGUAUAAAUUUAGACUUGUUGAUUGGUUUUGUAUUUUAAAACAAACUCCGACAAUGCUUGCAUUGACUUUUUUUGGAAUUCUCCAUGUUCCGAUCAAUGUUCCAGCCUUGGCAGCUACGAUAGAUAUGGAUCAAGUUGAUGUGGAUAGAGAAUUAGUGGCACAUGGAUAUUCAAAUGUCCUCUCUGGAUUGGUAGGCUCUAUUCAGAAUUACUUGGUCUAUACAAAUUCUGUGCUAUUUAUUAGAGCCGGAGCUGAUUCAAGAUUAGCUGGUAUUUUGCUAGCAAUAGCAACAGCAGGUGUGAUGUUUGCUGGUCCCGUGGUAAUUGGAUAUAUACCAAUUAGCGUAGUAGGAUCUCUCAUUUAUCUUUUGGGAUAUGAGUUGCUCAAAGAAGCAUUAUAUGAUACCUACGGGAGGCUCAAAAAGAUUGAGUACAGUACUAUAAUCAUAAUAAUUGUAACCAUGGGUGCAUUUGACUUUGUGAUUGGGAUUUUUGUUGGUAUUCUUUUGGCUUGUCUUUCGUUUGUUGUUGAUGCUGCUAGAAGACCUGUCGUUAAGGACAUCUACACUGGAUCUGUAGCUAGGUCGACUGUAUUAAGACACCCUAAACAGCAGGAAUUUUUGAAAGAUGUUGGUGCUCAGAUUUGUGUCACAAAAUUGCAAGGCACCCUUUUCUUUGGUUCUAUCGGCGGUGUUGAAACUGACAUCAGAUCAAAAUUUGAAAAUGACAAUUUUGAUAAGAAUCCGAUCAAAUUCUUAAUUUUGGAUAUGAAGGGGGUUGAAUCCAUUGACUUUUCUGCUGCUGAAGGAUUUCGAAGAAUUCUAAAUCUUUUAAAUGAGUUCAAGACUCAUUUAAUAAUUUCAUCUGUUUUUGAGGAUGACGAUAUUAUUAAAGCUUUGAGAGAUGCGGGUUUAUGGGACAAUGGAAGAGAUAUCAAGCUUUUCAAUACACUCAAUUACGCUCUCGAAUGGUGCGAAAAUUCCUUCUUGGCUACGUACAGUAAACUUCGAAAAGAAAAUAAGAUAUUAGUGAAUUCUGGUAAUACAUCUUUAACGCAACCGGCCUCGAAACCAAACUUCAAGCUGAUCAUGAACCAGACUUUUGGUACCCCAAGAACAACUCAGAUAUACCAUGCUGCCGCUAAAACAGUGAAAGAUGAACAGAGAAUUCAAAAUCAAUAUUACACAAAUUCUGACUCGUCUUUCAAAAGGCAGCCAUUGCCUUUGAUAAUGAUUACUUUCUCAGGAUUAUCAAAAAGAGACGAAAAAUUCUGGUCCGGAAUUACGAAAUUUUUCGUCAAGGAAAAAAUCCCAGAAGACUUCGAGUUUUAUAAUAGCUCAAAAAACGCUCCCAGUUUCUUCAUAGUAGAGUCUGGUCUUGUCAAAUCCAACUUGAAAUUUGAAAAUAAUAAAGCGAUAACAUCCAGUAUUUUGCCAAUGACCGCUUUUGGUGAUUUGGUGCAAAAUGAUCACCAGAAGAAUAUUUGCUACAGAACCGUUAAUCCUUCUGUUGUAUGGAAGUUGUCUCAACCAAAACUAGGUGAGCUCUUAGAAACGCCUGAAGGAAUAACGCUAUACAGGGAGCUAUUAGAAAUAGACAUAAAGUUACUUCGAGAAAGGCUUGACGUUUUGACGUCAAACCUUGUUAUUUCAGCAUAA